AAAGCAGCCAAUCAGCAGCGUCCUCAGCUGAGGAGCGUCGAGCUGCAGUUCCUGUAACGUCCACUGGAGGCUGCUGUGAUGAGACUGAUGGUGUUUGAAGUGAACGAUGAACGUCAGCUCGUCUCUCUUCUUCUGAAGUCAGUCUGAAGGCACGUUGUCUCAAUACUUCCUUUGAUUGACAGGUCUCACACCUUGUUAACACCUGUUGUGUGGCUCUGUUUUUGCUGCGCUGCACCUUUUGCCUAUAUAAGGACUUCCUGGCUCGGGUCUGUGAGGUGAGCGAGCCUCAGACGUCCACAGAUACGUUCACACCUCAGAGCAGGUACAGAGCUGAAGUCUCCCAGCUGGAGUUUAUGAUGCAACGUCCUCAGAGAGCUGCAGGUCCACAGCUUCAACAACAGCCUGGAGGUAAAGGUGCAGAACAAACAGAUCCGCAGGAUGAAGAGCAGGUUCAUCAUCAUCAUCAACAAGUCGUCUGCUGAGACCACGUCACUCACUGACACGCCUCUUUGUAAUGGAGUGCCGAGCUGCAGCUGUGAUCGGUGGCCCCCGAGGGCCCGACUCCCACCGGCCCCUCAGUAAACACUCAGAUAACGGUGCACUGACAGGUUCACUGCAGGUCAUGUGGGAGCUCCGGUUGUCCUGGAGGAAACUCUCUGAGGGAAACUAAAGAGCGGCUGAGGGAGGAACGAUGAGACACCUGGAGCAGUCUGAAUAAGAGGAAACAGAAGGUUUGAGGCUGAAGACAAUGGCAGAGCAUCGAGCAGGAGGAGCAGCAGGAGCAGCAGGAGCAGCAGGAGCAGGAGAGGUCAGCCUGCAGGACGUCCUGAGGGGACGGACAGGUGGAGCUCAGAGGAUGAAGACCAGCUCCAACAUGAUCCGAGUGUUCGUCAGCUCCACGUUCACAGAUAUGAGCAGUGAGAGAAAAGCCCUGCUGGAGAGAUCUUACCCAGAAGUCCUUGCUUUCUGUCGCAGUCUGGGGCUGGUGUUUGAGGUGGUGGAUCUGCGUUGGGGGAUUCGAGGCGACGUGUCUGGAGACCACGAGGCGUCUGAGAUCUUCCUGCAGGAGAUCAGGAGCUGCAAGAAGAUCUCAGCCGGUCCGACUUUCAUCGCUCUGCUGGGAAACCGGUACGGCCACCGAGGUCUUCCUCGCCUCAUCCUGGAGAAGCAGUUUGAAGUUCUUUUGUCCAAACUUGCCAGAAACCCUGAAGGCAUCGAACAGCUGAAUCACUGGUUCUUAAAAGACAACAAUGCUGUCCCGCCCACCUACGUCCUCCAGCCAGUCACGGCUCACUUCCCCCACUACAGCGACCUGCGACCUGAGUGUGGGCCUCAGCGGGACAAAAAUGUCCUUUCUUGGCAUUUAACAGAGACUCAACUGUUGCAGCUCCUACGCUCCGCCGCCACGGACGCCGAGGCAGCCGGUGACAUCACAGCUGAGCAGAAACACGACUUCUUCACAUCAGUCACAGAGCAAGAGUUCAAGGAGGGUUUGUGGAAGGACGCCCCCGAAGCCUCGGCUCUGCUCUUCGUCCGAGAGAUUCCACGUCAGAAGGCGAGGGACGGUCCCAAGCGUUUUGCCAAGUUCAUGGAUCUGACCGCCGACGGCCUGCUGGAUGCAGAAGCUCAGGGACUCCUCACCGGCCUGAAGUCCCGCCUCUACGCCAAGUCGCAGAAGAUCCUCAACCUGCACUGCGUGGAGCUCAGCAAGGGAAGCAUCGACCCGAAACGCAAAGAGCACGCUCAGUACCUAGACGGUGUCUGCGAGCUGUUCGUCUCACAGAUGAAGGCCAGGAUCGAAGCAGCAGUGGAUCCGUCGGUGGACGGGAGGCACCGGAGGAUUUGGGGAAACACGGAGGAAGAAAAGGGAGAAAUCUCAGACUGGCUGGUUGAGGAGGUUGCAUGGCACACGACUGUGAGCGCCGAGCUCUGCAGGGAUCUCUAUGGCAGGGAGGGGCUUCUGGGUAAGCUCUGCCUCGCCAUGUGGGAGUCAACUAAUGUCCGCCACGGCCCGCUAGUGGUGCACGGGGCAGCUGGGAUGGGUAAGACGGCUCUGCUGAGCAAACUGGCGCAGGAGAUGCGUAGCGUCCUGGAUGCCGGGGCGGUGGUGGUGAUCAGGCUGCUGUCGGCUCGUCAUCCUCAGAGACUCGACAUCGACCAAGUCCUCCGCAGCAUCUGCUUCCAGAUCUGUCUGGCCUGUGGUUUGACUCCACCCUCGCCGCUGACGGCCAACACUUACCUGGAGCUGCUCAGGUUCUUCAGGAACGUCCUCUCAGAGGUUUCCCAGCAGGGCAACACUCUGCUCAUCCUCCUGGACGCUCUGGAUCAGCUCUCAGACCAACAUCACGCCCACAAACUCCACUGGCUGCCAGCCAGCAUCCCGCCCAACGUCCACCUGGUGGUUUCGACGGGUACUAACAGCGAGGUGUUUGCCAACAUGCGCCUGAAGUUCGGGACUUCAGGGAGUUUCUUUGAAGUGGAGCGUUUGUCUCGUGAUGACGGGAGACAGAUCGUAGAGUCGUACCUGAGAGCUUGUCAGCGAACUCUGACACCUGAGCAAAGCGUCGCCGUGCUGAACAGCUUCGAGCCGACCGGCUGUCCUCUGCACCUCAAACUGAUCCUGUCUGUAGCCAGACGCUGGACGUCCUUCACCCCGCUCACAGGCCUACGCCUGGGCGCCAACUUGCAUGAAAUGAUGUCACAGCUCUUACUUAUGCUGGAGGACAAACAUGGGAAGGAGCUGGUGGGCGGAGCCUUAACAUACAUCGCUCUGGCAAGGGAGGGUCUGCUGGAGGCGGAGCUGCGUGAUGUCAUGUCCCUGGAUGAUGAUGUCAUCAGUGCAGUGUACAGAUAUUCCCUCCCUCCAACCCCCUCGCUGAUCCGGCUGCCCCCCUUCCUCUGGGCUCGACUUAGACGGGACCUCGAGGAUCAGCUGGAGGAACGCUGGACGGGUGGAGUCGCCACCAUCGGCUUCAACAGCCGGCGUCUGUGCGAGGCAGUCUCAGCUCGGUAUCUGACAUCAGAGCAGCGGGGGCGGAGCCUCAGGAUCCUGGCGGAGUACUUCCUGGGUCGAUGGUCGGGGAAACUGAAGCCGGCGGCUCUGCCGGGCCUGUCGCUGCUCCUCUCUGACAGAAAGGUCCCGCCCCAGCCGCUGUGGUUUGCUCCAGGAUUGGCUAACGUCAGGAAGCUCCAGGAGCUGCCGCAUCACCUGCUGCAUGCUGGUCUGUGGGACGAGCUGCGACAGGAAGUCAUCGGCAGCGCUGAGUGGCUGUACUGUAAGAGCCGGGUCUGCGGGGUGUCCACUGUGAUCCAGGACCUGGACCAGUGCUCCCAGUACAUGGACUGCACUGAGACCAGGCUGGUCCGAGAUGCUCUGGUCCUGAUGAAACCCAGUCUGGACUUCCUGGACGGUCACAUGGACAUGUCGCUGUUUUACACCGAGCUGUUGGCCAGACUCUGCUCCUUGGCCACGCCCUUCCCCUCCAUGAUUGGUCAGCUGUGUAGCCAGUGCGAGGAGUGGUUACUGACGUGUCCGGAGCCGAUCCUCCUCCCUAAGUGCAGCUUCCUGCAGCAGCCAGGGGGGGCGCUGCAGCGCACACUGACCGGACUGACGGGAGGUGUCCUCUGUAUGGACGUCAGUGUGGAGGCGGAGCUUCUGCUGGCAGGUUCUGAUGACGGCGUGGUGGCGGUGUGGAGCCUCGCUGACCAGCAGCUCAUCCACUGCCUGCUGGGACACACCGGGGCAGUUUUGUCUGUCAAAGUGAUUGACAGCUCCUCCCACUGUCUCUCAUUGGCUGCCGACGGCUCUCUGAGGAGGUGGAGCCUGAUGGACGGCCAACAGCUUCUCUGUAUCCAGGAGGCGGUGCCUAUUGACUCCGCCCCUUCCUCAGUGCACCUCCACCUGUGUGAGCAGAAUCAGGUGCUGUUUGUUCACAGCUGCACACAGGUGAAGGUGUUGAAGCUGGAUGGCUCUGAGCUCCUCAGCAGCAGCAGCAGCAGUGAUGAUGGAGGCUCGGUGGUUCUGGGAGUUCUGGGAGAUUCAGUGUUUUCUCUGUGUGGUUCUGGUCGGGUCAGAAUCUGUCAUCCUGUCAGCGGGACUCAAACUGUGGAGACGCAGCUGGAGAACUGUCAGGGAGGUCUCACUGUGGUCAAGUCUGCCACGUUACCAAAACACGGGAAAGUGUUCAUCGUUUCUGCAGACGGAGUUCUCCAUCAGGUCUCCAGGUCCGGCAGACAGACGGCUGCUGAGUUUCCUCUGGUUCCGUCUUUACUUUCAGUCACUGAAGAUGAAAAAAUCCUGAUAGCAGGCAGCGAUCGGACUCUGAGCCUCUUCAACGUGGACCAAGACUCGGUGGACAGAUUCCUGGACCUCCAGCACGAGGACAGCGUUCUGUCCGCCUGCGUCUCCUCAGACUGCCGGCUGCUCGUCUCCGGAGCUGCUGACCAGCUCAUACGGAUCUGGUCUGUGACCACCGGAGCUCUGUUGGACUCCCUGUGUGGUUCAGAUUCUCCCGUCACUUCUCUGGCUCUUUAUAACAACUUGGUGAUUUCUGCCUCGGCUGCUGCUGCCGGCGUCCAUCUGUGGAGUCUGAAGUACGACACCCGACACAAACCGGUCGCCCACAUCCCUGCAGGCUGCGCCCACGUCGCCAUCACUAAAGACACGGAUCGAGUUUUCUACGUCCGACAGCAGAGUCAGACGGAGGUGAUCAGCUGGAACAACCUCACAGGAUCUCUAUCAGAGCGCUUGGCGGUCUCUGCUCAGGUUUGCUGUCUGGAGUUGGCUCAGAACAAACGGCUGCUGCUCUGCGGUCUGACCACCGGGACCGUCCUCAUCUACCCGCUGGCGCUGCCUCAGGAGACGCUCUGCAUCCCCCCUCCAGAGAGCCUCUCCAGGGUGCUCUGCCUGGCCGUCAGCCCCCAGGAGAAGCACGUGGCGGUGGCCUACGAGGACUCAGUGCGUUUGUUCGAGAUCACCACCAGAGACAGCUUCCCCACGGUGGAGGGACCGCUGAAGGGCUUCCCCCUGUCCCUGCUCCACGGCCCGCCGUCCUCCAUGGCGCUGUUGUCCAACCGCUGGCUGCUGUACGGGACGAGCUGCGGCGAGGUGAAGCUCCACGACUUCAGCAGCGGCAGCAGCUCUGAUCUGGAGCCUCACCGCAGCAGAGUCACCUGUGUGACGGGCAGUACCUGGGGGACCCACGCUCUGGUGGGCUCCGAGGAUGCCGUUCAGAGGCUGUGGGCCCUCAACCCGCUGGUACUGGACCACACCAUGGAGUACAAGGGUUUCUUCUUUGAGGGCGUCCUCUCGGCUGCGUUCUCUGACAGCGACCAGUUCGUCUUCACAGGAUCUCAGGACAGAACCGUCAAAGUGUGGGACGUCUCCUCAGGAAAGCUGCUGUACGUUCAGUACGUCUACGCCCCGGUCGUCAGGAUGGUGACCUUCAGGAACGGCUUCGUGGCGCUGUCUCAGCAGGGCGCCGUCAUCAAGGAGGUGUUUCGCUGUCCGGACCACGUCAGUCCGGACUACAACCCUCUGAGGAACGUCAAGGCCCAGUACCGGGUCACCUCCAGGGAGAAGACUCGAGACGACCAGCAGAGCACCGCGUCCGACCUGAAGGACUUCAACCCGGCCCAGUUCAACCUGAACCUCAUGGGCAUGCUCAGAUCCAAACCCUCCUCUUCCUCCACCUGCCUUAUACUGUAGAGUCCCGGGGCCUGGACUGGGACCACGGAACCUCCAGGAGCCUAAGGUUCUGGAGGGUUUUAAAACCAAAUGAGGAAAAAUCUAUUUUAUCAUCAAGACAAAGAUUAAAUCGUUCAAACUCCAUAUUUUCACAAUCUGUUAAAUCUUCCUCAUUCUGAUUCUCAUAAAUACUGACGCUGCCGAGCUUCAUCAGUGAGUCAGUCGCUAAAUUCAUCUGCAGCUAGUUUAAUAAUCGAUAAUUCAGUUUGAGUUUUAUUCCAGCUGGUUCAAUGUGAAUAUUUCGUUGUAAACUGAAUAUCUGACGCCUAACAGAACAAACAGCUGAUCAAUGAAUCCAUGAAUCCACCAGAAAAUCAACAAUGAAAAUAUUGGCUGGUUUUGGAUCAGAACACUUUCUUCUGCUGUUAGAACUCAAACUAAUGUAAACAGCUAACGGUGCUAACGACACAUUUCAGCCAUGUUUGGUUUAAUGUGAGUAUUUCCGGUGUGCACCAGCUGAGAUGGACCUGAUUGUUCUGCGGCGCUGUUUGGUGUGAUGUUUGGUCUGGACUCGAUGUGACAUCAGCGCCCCGACCGUCCGUCAGCAUGCGGGCGAGCAGAGCCUGAACUGAUCCUUUAUCUGGCUGUUGGGUCGACAGCUUGUUAGAUUUCAGUUAAAGCAACAGCUGCAGCCUGAGGGUGAGAAGCUGCUGUGGUUCAUGAUUGUGGAGGUUUUACUGAGCAGACGUUGAGAAAUUAAAGACGACACGACUCACAUCUACAGUUGCUUAU